GUGCGCAUGCGCUGCGUCUGUGAGAGCAGCAGCUCCGGUGCGACAUGACUCGAUUCACUUACAGCAAACUGUCUCAUUUUCUGAAGACCCUGAGCUGUAGACCCCCGGCUGUCAGAGCAGGAGCAGAGACAAAAGCUGCGACGUCUUGCUGCGUGCAGCUGAAACGGGAUCAGUCGUCCGACAGCAGAGCGCUUCAGGACAGGCAGAGGCAGCAGAUGGCCAGAGGUCUUCCCAAGCAGAAGCCAGUCGCUGGAGUCAAGCAGGUCAUCGUUGUUGCCUCAGGAAAAGGCGGCGUGGGGAAGUCCACCACUGCAGUGAAUUUGGCUCUUGCAAUAAUGGCUAAUGAUUCGUCCAGGACGGUCGGUCUGUUGGACGCAGACGUGUACGGUCCGUCCAUCCCCAAACUCAUGAACCUGACAGGAAACCCGCAGCUCACUGACAACAAUCUAAUGAUCCCCCUGACCAACUAUGGGGUCCCGUGCAUGUCGAUGGGCUUCCUGGUGGAGGACACGGCGCCGAUUGUGUGGAGGGGGCUGAUGGUGAUGUCAGCUAUAGAGCGGCUGCUCAGACAGGUGCACUGGGGUUCUCUGGACUACCUGGUGGUGGACAUGCCCCCUGGGACAGGUGACGUCCAGCUGUCCAUCACCCAGAACAUUCCAAUCGCAGGUGCCGUCAUCGUGUCCACGCCACAAGACAUCGCUCUGCUGGACGCCCGCAGAGGAGCCGAGAUGUUCAAGAAAGUGAACGUGCCGGUUCUUGGUCUGGUGGAGAACAUGAGCGUCUUCCAGUGCCCCAACUGUAACCACCAGACCCACAUCUUUGGCUCGGAGGGGGCCCGGCGCGUCGCUGAAACUCUGGGAGUCGCCUUCCUGGGUGACAUUCCUCUCCAUCUGAGCAUCAGAGAGACGUCGGACGUGGGCCAGCCGGUGGUGGUCUCUGCUCCCGACAGCUCCGAGGCCAAGGCGUACCGGAAGGUGGCGUCUGCCGUUCUACAGCGAUUACAGGAAGUCAGCUGAUGGACCGAGAAACGAUCGCACCAGAGAGACCGCUCUGCUGUCAUGGCGCUCCAGACUCUUGACGUCUCCAUCUGACCACGCGGGCUCACUGAAUCAUAUUUAAUGAAGCUUUAUGUAUGUAAUUAAUCAGUAAAUAAGCACAAACAUUUGUAUUCAUUUCAUGUCCUCUAGAAACAAGUUUAAGUCUUGUCGUGACAGGAGCUCUGUUUUCCUGGUGAGCUGCUGGUGCUGUAAAGUUUAGUGUUUUUUUGUUUUUUUUCCAGGAUGUCCUGUGUUAACUGGUUAAGUCCAUGGCUUUUAUUUAUUAAAUAGUUCUGUUUUCUACAA